CAUUCAUCCGGAGGAGGUGGUGGUGGUGGAGAGGAAGAGAAAAUAAUGACAAGGAAACAGAAAGCAGAUCAGAGCAAGGCCCAAGAAGAUGAGCAGACCUCCAAGAAAUCCAAGUCCGAAGUUAACGAUGUUGCAGCCGAGUUUGACAACUUCUGUAAAGCAACCAUGGAGCAUCUCACCAUCAACCAGAUGCGCGAAAUCCUCGAAUCCAACGGCCUAGAUGCCUCUGUAGACGAAGACGACUUCGUUGUUCCCUGUUGUCAAGAUAUGAUGUUCUUCGGGGCGUUGGAUAACUGUUUUAUCUGCGGUGGCAGAAUCAAGUGCAACAACUCUGGCACAUAUACCUGUGAAGGAAGUUACAGUGAAUGGUCUAGCUGUGUUUUCACUUCCAAAAACCCGCUCAGGAAAGAGGAUCCAAUCAAACUUCCAGAAUCUGUUCAGAAUUCGCCUGUUUCUGAUUUAAUAAAGAGUCUGCAACUGGACCCAAAGAAAAGGCCUAAGAGGGAAGGUGGCACGGAUAAACCAUUUUCCGGAAUCUUGAUUUCUCUGUCCGGACGUCUCUCUCGAACACAUGGCUACUGGAAAUCGAAGAUAGAGAGACAUGGAGGAAAGGUUACCAAUUCUGUAAUUGGUGCAACAUGUCUGGUGGUGCCACCAACAGAACGUGAACGUGGGGGCUCAUCCAAAUUAGCAGAAGCAUUGGAACGGGGUAUUCCAGUAGUAAGGGAAGCAUGGCUUCUUGAUAGCAUCGAGAAACAGGAAUCGCAGCCUCUCGAUGCCUACGAUGUAGCUAGCGAUCUCACAGUAGAAGGAAGAGGAAUCCCUUUGGACAAGAUGGACUCGACCCAGGAGGCGCUGGAGACGCUUGUAGCUGAAAUCAAGCUGUAUGGGAAGAGGGGAGUUCACAAAGAUUCUAUGCUUCAGGAGAAAGGGGGUGUGAUCUUUGAGAAAGACGGCAUACUCUAUAACUGUGCCUUUGCUCUAUUCGACUUUGCACCAAGAGUGAAUGACCUUUGUGUGAUGCAGCUGAUAAUGGUGCCAAACGAGGGAUUACAUCUGUACUUCAAGAAAGGAAGAAUUGGUGAUGAUGCCAUGGCAGAGGAGAGAGUUGAACAGUGGGAGAAUUUGGGGGAUGCUAUCGAAGAGUUUGUCAGGCUUUUCCAAGAGUUAACUGGGAAUGAGUUUGAGCCGUGGGAGAAGGAAAAGAAGUUUCAGAAGAAACAUUAUAAAUUCUACCCACUAGACAUGGCAGAUGGAAUCGAUGUGAGACAUGGCGGUUUAGGUCUUCGACAGAUGGGAAUUGCUGUUGUUCACAGCAAGCUGGAUCCUGUGGCAGCUAAUUUCAUGAAAAUUCUUUGUAGUCAAGAGAUAUACAGGUAUGCUCUGAUGGAGUCAGGCUUAGACCUUCCUGACCUUCCAGUGGGGAUGCUUUCAGAUAUUCAUUUGAAAAGAUGUGAAGAGAUACUUGUAGAUUUCGCUCAUACAUUGGCAUCAUCCAAGGAGACAGGUCAGAACUUGGCCGCCUUGUGGGCGGAUAUCAGCUGUAAAUGGUUUACUCUACUGCCUUCCACAAGGCCUCUGAUCUUCAGAGAUUUCCACGACGUAGCAGAGCAUGCUGCAUCUGCGCUGGAGAUGGUAAGGGAUAUUACGGUGGCAUCCCAUCUCGUGGGUGACAUGACAGGUUCUACACUUGAUGAUCCCUUGUUCGAUAGGUAUAAGAAACUAGGAUGUUCGAUCACUUCCUUAGAGAAGGACUCCGAUGACUAUAAGAUGAUAGUGAAAUAUUUGGAGACGACAUAUGAACCCUUCAAAGUUGGAGAUGUUAGUUAUGGGGCGUCUGUUGUGAACAUAUUGGCUGUUGACCCGAGUGCUUGCCUUUCUUAUGACGAGAUGAAGAAUCUUCCUAACAAGUACUUACUGUGGUGUGGUACUAGGAGCUCCAAUCUCGUAAGGCAUUUGCAGAAAGGGUUCCAUCCUUCAAUUUGCUGUCUUCCUCAACCAGGUUACAUGUUUGGGAGGUCGAUUGUUUGCUCUGAUGCUUCAGCAGAGGCGGCUAAAUAUGGGUUCACUGCUGUUGAUAGGCCAGAAGGGUUCUUGGUUUUGGCUGUUGCUUCUCUAGGAGAUGAGAUAACAGAAUAUGGCUCCAUUCCGGGGUUGGAGGAGGUAGAGACACUAGAAGAGAAGAAGAUGGGAGUGUUGGGAUUAGGCAGAAAGAAAACAGAGGAAUCUGAACAUUUUAUAUGGAAAGACGACAUAAAAGUUCCUUGCGGUCGUUUAGUGCCUUCCGAGCACAAAGACAGCCCUCUCGAGUACAACGAGUUUUCUGUAUAUGAUCCAAAGCAGGCAAGGAUCUGUUUCUUGGUGGAAGUUAAGUAUGAGGAGCAGAAUGUAGUUUAUGAAGAUCAAGAUCCUACUUCUGAUCCUUUGUGAACAAUAUGCUGAUGUGGUUUGGGGGUGGAAGAUGAUGAGCAGCGUGUUUUUCUGCCGCUCUUUUGUAUCAAAGGAAUCUUUUGUUUUCCUUAAAGGCUUUGUUUGGUUUGCUACUUUGCUGCAUGUACUAUGGAUGAUAGCUUUUGUACAUGCAGUGUAGUUUUAUGUGUUGUUUCUUUUGAUGAACUGUAUGCAACAUAAGAUAAACUAUAACUAUAUAUGUAUGUUUGUUCAUUAUCAUUGAUCUUAAGAAAACUCAAUCAUAGAUAA